AUGCGUCUUCUCACACACAACGAAGACGAUACACUCGUCAUCAAGCACUUUGACGAUGAGCCAGUGCCUCCUUAUGCGAUACUUUCUCACACUUGGGGUGAAGAAAACGAAGAAGUGACAUAUGCAGACAUCAGCAAUGGAGUCGGUCAGGGCAAGGCUGGCUACGAAAAAAUCCGGUUUUGCGGCGAGCAAGCACGGCACGAUGGCCUACAGUACUUCUGGAUCGACACAUGCUGCAUAGACAAAAGCAAUAAGUGUGAGCUUGCUUCCAGCAUCCGUUCGAUGUUUAUGUGGUAUCGGAACGCAACACGAUGUUACGUUUACUUGUCAGAUAUAAUCAGCCCCACUUCAGCGAUCAAUAGUGAUCUCCCUCAGCAUUACGAAACACCACCUGAUCGUCAGUCACAUCAACUCGAAUUUUCGAAAAGCAGAUGGUUCACGCGAUACUGGACAUUGCAAGAACUUCUGGCCCCGUCCGAGGUAUACUUUUUCACUAAACAGGGAAAUGAACUUGGCGAUAAGCUGUCGCUGAUAUCAGACCUAUCCCGGAUCACAGGCAUUCCUAAACCCGCUUUGCAAGGUGCGCCAUUGUCUCAUUUCACCAUCCAGCAGCGCAUAGCAUGGGGAGAACAUCGAAAAGCGACCGAACCGUUAGACAGUGUGUAUGCUCUUAUGGGCAUCCUUGGUGUUAGCGUGUCUCCAAUUGAUGGGGAGAGCCCAGCAGAAGCGAUGCGUCGAGUCGAACGUGAAGUCGACAGGCAAAACAAGUGUAUUCAGGACCUACAAUCUACCAAUCCUUACGAUGACAAGACACGUAUUGAAGCAACAAAGGGCGGUCUACUAAGCGAUUCAUACCGCUGGAUCAUCGACAAUAGCACCUUCCAGAAGUGGCAGCAAGAUCUUAGCACUCGACUACUCUGGAUCAAGGGCGAUCCUGGUAAAGGCAAGACGAUGCUGAUGUGCGGCAUACUUAACGAGGUGCAGAAGACUACGAGACACAACAACACAGUCGCGUACUUCUUUUGUCAAGCGACCGAUAUGCGUAUUAACAAUGCCGUAGCGGUAUUGCGGGGCUUGUUGUACAUGCUCGUGAUUCAUAAUCCGUUCUUAACUUCGCAUAUUCGAAAACGGUACGACCAAGAUGGCAAGAAGCUAUUCGAGGACGUGAAUGCGUGGGUAGCCUUGUCACAGAUUUUUGUGGACAUGGUAUGCGACAAAAACUUGAACACAGCUUACUUAUUUGUUGAUGCUCUUGAUGAAUGCAUCACAGAUUUACACAAGCUUCUGGACCUAAUAAUUCUUACUACCGCCAAAUCGACUCAUGUUAUGUGGCUGGUGACUAGCCGAAACGAGAGUCACAUCGAGCAGAGAUUGAAGUCGGUCAGUGACGAGGCUAGGCUGAGCCUAGAACUGAAGCAAAAUGCAAGGCAAAUCACACAAGCGGUCGAAGGGUAUAUCGACCACAAGUUGUCUUCACUCGAAACUCUUGAAGAGGGCAGCAUACGUGAUCAGAUUCGAGAUGAGAUGCGGACGAAGGCCAAUGGCACUUUUCUUUGGGUCGCUUUGAUGAUUCAAGAGCUCGAGAAGCACGACUGUUUCGAUCCUUUAGCUGUAGUGAAAACAACUCCAGCAGGCUUAGACCCGUUCUACGAUCGAAUGCUUGCCCAGAUCGAGCAGCAAAAAGGUUCUGCAGAUGUUCUCCGGAUUCUGCUUUGUACAGUAACAGCUGCGUACCGUCCGCUCUACCUUGCUGAAGCAGGAAGUUUAUGUGCACUACCAGGAACGACAAAGAUGCACCGAAAAAUCAUCGCCUCGUGUGGCUCAUUCCUCACCAUUCGCGGCGAACAAAUCUAUCUUGUCCAUCAGUCAGCAAAAGAUUAUCUUAACCACAAGAUGGAGAACAAUUUUCUUCCUUCUCCAACGACUAUUCACUAUCAGAUAUUCACUCAGUCUAUCAGGCUAUUAUCAAGUACGCUGAAACGCGAUAUCUAUGCUCUAGAGCAACCAGGAAUCUCAAUCGACGAAGUGGAAACACCUAGCCCCGAUCCUCUCGCGAAUAUACGUUACUCGUGUGUCUACUGGGUUUUUCACCUUCGCGACUCGGAACUCGGUUUCGCCGGCCACCCCAAUGUCCACCACACUGCAACACUUAUUGAAGAAUUUUUAAGAAAAAACGUCCUUUAUUGGUUCGAAACGUUGAGUCUCUGCAGAAGUCUGGACCUAUCUAGAUCGAAAACCAAAUGUCUGCUGUCGGUAGUAGAGAGAUUUGGGCCGACAAAUUACCUUUGUUGGCUUGUUAUGGACGCAUGUCGAUUUGAAAGAAUGCUUGGAGGGAUCAUGGGGAAAUAUCCUCUUCAAACAUACGUAUCUCUACUACUAUUCAGUCCACGUGGUAGUCUGAUAACAAAGCUGUUUCCGCACGAGAAGCCAAGAAACAUUGUGAUCCAGCCAUCCAUGAAUAAGCUUCGUGCUGAGAUUCCAAAAAGAGGUGCUAACUCAGUGGUGUUCUCGCCUGAUUCGACAAAGCUAGUGUCAAUGUCAGAAGACAAGACAGCCACGAUCUGGGACACACAGAGUGGGUUGUGCCUGCACACGCUCAGGGGGCACGACAACACUAUUCAUGCUGUAGCUUUUUCGCCGGACAUGAAAAGGCUAGUUUCAAUGUCAGGAGACAAGACGGUCAAGAUCUGGGACAUACACAGUGGGUUCUGCCUGAAGACGCUUACGGGACAUACACGCCCCGUUAACUCAGUGGCCUUCUCGUCUUUAGCAAGGCUAGUUUCAGGGUCACGGGACAAAACAGUGAAGAUAUGGGAUACAAAUACAGGAGCGUGCGUACGGACGCUGAUAGGUCAUACCUGCAUCGUCAACUCAGUGGUCUUCUCACCUGAAUCAACAAAGAUAGCGUCAGCUUCAUGGGAUAAGACAGUCAAUGUGUGGGACGCACAUACUGGAGCAUGCCUACAAACGCUUGUAGGGCAUAGACAUGUUGCUAGCUUAGUAACCUUUUCGCCUAGUUCCAUGAAACUAGCGUCAGCAUCCUGGGACAAGACUGUUAAGAUAUGGGACGCACAUAGCGGGGCGCGCCUGGAGACUCUUGAGGGCAACAGUCGCGUCAAAUCACUAGCAUUCUUGCCAGACGAGCUCUCUAUUCAGAUCAAUGGGAGCAAAUUCUGUCUCAACAACUCUGUUGAUUUCACCACUAGGAACGCCAAUUUUGAACACGCGUACAAUGCUAGAGGAUACGUCGGUCUGAAUCCGGGCUGGAUCACACAUAACGGAGUGAACUUUGCCUUGAUUCCUGAAGAAUUCCGCCCUAUACGUUCAGUUGUAAAGCAUAACAAGAUAAGAAUAUGCUCAAAGUACGGACGAGUGUGGGUAUGCACCGUUGGUCAUACAUAGUUUCUUGGACGACAUCCGUUGGGUUAUCCCUAUGUCUUUUUUUCCCUUUCAUUUCAUUUUCUUAACUUUGUUCACGAAGAUUACGUAGGUGUCCAGAUAACUAUGUAUAUAAGCGAGAUGUGGUCACAUUAAAAAAACAAAGUGUCAUUG